CCUCAAUUCUGUUAAGAUGACGUCAUCUUAACAGACCCUUCUGGUAACCAAGGGCAACCUCGGCUUUUGUUUAUUGUUGCUGAGUUUCUCCAAAGUUUAUUAGCCAGCACGAGCGAUAGCUAUGCCUCCUAAAAAAGAUGGAAAGCAAAAUGCCGACAAGACAGCUCUUUUUGGAGAGAAAAACACUCCGGAUGAUGCUUUAUCCCAGGGUGGUAAAGAAUUCUACCGGGCUCAAAUACGAGACUUAGAGGAGCGACUGGAAAAGUAUCAGCACAAAUGUGAUGAGCUGGAGGUUCGUCAGAAGGAUUUUUCUACUAGUUAUAAUAAUAUAGUGAGAGAGAAGAAGGACAUAGUGCUCUAUCUGAAGCGCACCUUGUCCCAAAAAGAGGAUGAGCUCACAGAUAUCUUAGAGAAGUUGCAGGAGCUACAAGCAGCCAAAGAUGCAGAGAAGGAGUCGUUUGACAGGCAGCUGAGCGUGCUUCGGAAUGAGUUUCAAGAGACCAAGGACAAACUCGCCUCUGAGAACAUGGUUCUAGCGGGAAAACUUGCAUCUCUCGAGGAUUUCCAGAUGCAAAAGGAUGAAAUUAUGGGUCAGAUGGAGUCUCUGAAAGAACAGCUAGAGAAGCAGAAGCAGGAGCACCAAAGUGUCAUUUACAACCUGGAGAAAAAAGCUGUACUGGACAACUACAGACUGAAGAAAGAGAUGCAGCAGCACGUAGCUGCUGUCGCUGCUGAAUUUCACAAAGUCUCUGAUAAAAAGAUGCCGGAGACAACGAAGAGGGCAAUCUACGAGAAUAUGUUAGUGAUGAACCAACUCAGGCAGAUUUCAGACAGGAGCAAAGAGCUGAUGGCGGAGAACGAUGCUCUGAAUGCCAGAGAGAAACAGCUCAAAAUAGAAAUGGAGAUCAUGGAGCCGUUAUUGGACGAGAUGACCAGGAAAAGCCUUGCAAAUCAAAAGGUGGUGCAACAGUUAACAGAGAAGUGCAAGCAAAUGCAUGCUGAACUUGAGGACUACGCCAGGCAUAAACAAGAACACCAAAAGCUGGUGAACAAUCACUCCACUCUACAGAAAGAGCAUGAUGCCCUCAGACAGGAACAUGAAUCAGCUGUGGAAGAUCUCAAUCAAACACAAGCAGAGGCUGCAAGACUGAAAACAGAGCUUCAGGAGGAGAGGACACAGCGAGGACGGGUGGAGACAGUCCUCCAAGAGGCAGCUAUGGCUUUAAAGGAAAUAUUGAGGGAGGUGCCUAACGAAGAGGACUCAGAGGUGCAGACCCUCGACCAGAGGAAUCAGAUGAUGCAGAAGCUGCUGGCCGUAUUGGACAGUGCUGCAGCCAUCAGCAAAGGCCCUGCCCCCUCUCACUUCAUCCCUACGACAGAAGACUCUCAUGAAUUUAUAACAGCAGCAGGCAUGGAGAGAUCAGGUAUAGCUGCCUCACAGAAGGCUACUUCUCAUUUCAAGCCUGGAGACCUGGGGUUCGUCCGACGGCAAACACACACAGGCAACUCCGUCAUAUCCAAGAGACAACACCUCUCCAAAAGUCUGCAAAGGAAACAGAAAAGCCAAAAAGGGAAUGAUACCUCAAAAGCCCUUAGCUGAGAAGGACACUCUUCCCCUGCAGCCUGAAUCUGUCAGAGGAAGUCAAGCAACAUUUUAAACCAAGAAAAGGCACUCUGGAUCCACAAAGGCAUCUGCUUAUAGCUGUGUGAGGAGGGUAUGAGGGAGAAAAACAGACACCUUCUGUACAGACUGAUCAAUCAGUUAUGUCAUUUGUGAAUAUUCUACCUCUACAUCAUGUUGUGCAUAAUUAGAUUUUGUCCUGAUUGAUAAAAUAUAGACACUAGAUGGCAGCA